UCCCGACGGACUGUUGCCGCCCGCAACCCGCAGCCCUCUGCCGGGCGCUGACGGUCCCGCACGCCCGCCGCCGCAGUAGCCGGCGCGCCCGAUUUAUCCAUGAGCUCAGAUUUCCCACAUUACAACUUCAGGAUGCCUAAUAUUGGAUUCCAGAAUCUGCCUCUCAACAUAUAUAUUGUGGUUUUUGGCACUGCUAUAUUUGUCUUCAUCCUUAGUUUACUCUUCUGUUGCUACUUGAUUAGGUUAAGACAUCAAGCCCACAAAGAAUUUUAUGCAUACAAACAGGUUAUAUUAAAAGAGAAAGUAAAAGAAUUGAAUUUACAUGAGCUCUGUGCAGUAUGUCUAGAAGACUUCAAGCCUCGGGACGAGUUAGGGAUUUGUCCAUGUAAGCAUGCCUUCCACAGAAAGUGCCUUAUUAAGUGGCUGGAAGUUCGGAAAGUGUGUCCACUGUGCAACAUGCCAGUUCUGCAGCUGGCCCAACUGCAUAAUAAGCAGGAUCAUGGGCCCCCCCAGGGACCUCUGCCUGGGGCAGAGAACAUUGUAUAGCUCACUGCAAGGAUCAGACUGUUGUUGAAUACGAGAUCUGUGUGGAGCCAGGAGGAACACAAGCAGUCUCUGUCUUGGCUGCUCUCUACCUGGGGCAUUAACUGCCGCUUCUUUUUCCUCACGAAGAACUCUUGAGUCAGCCAGGCUGGCAAUCUAGGCAUCUGGGUCUUGUGACAACCAAAGCACUCUGACACUACCCCAUGGCCAAGAGAAGAGGAGUGGAUGAGUCUACAGGUUUGAUUCCAGAAACUUCAUGAGGGUCUCUUGCUAACUCCAUUACACUCUAUCUCUUUAUCAAGCAGAAGGGAAGAUAAACACAGGUGUAAGAUAAGGGAACUGAGGGAUCGUCUUUAAAGCCACGCCCCUACCCUGUGGACAGAUGAGCUCCUGUGCAGACCACAAACUCUCCUGGCAGCCGGGAACUGAGUAAAACCAGUGGUUACACCAGCCAAAACACAGGUAGCUGCCAGUGGUUGGUGAGGCAGUGCCCACAGCUUUUCAGUUAUGUUCCUUUUAUAAGUCCAUCUUGGAACCCAAGGGCAGAAGUGCCCCUCACCAUUAUCUGUCCCAAGUUCACUUGCUACCAAUACUUGCUAUCAAAUCAUCUAAGCUGAAAAUAUUAGAUGUGCUUGGAAAGGCCUGGUCAGAAGUCAUUUCCUCUUACCAUUUCCUCCUCCCAUUCACCAGUUAGGCCUGUCAGGAGCCCCAGCAAGGGCUACAGCCUGUGUCCACACUGUCCCUGUGUAACCCAGGGGGCUCCAAGGUUCUGCCUACAUCCCUAUAAGCACAGUAUGGUGCCAAUGUAGUGCUGGCCUUGGCCCACUGGCGCAGGUGAAGCUGCUGUGAGCCCUUCAGAUGGCCCUAAAGAGGAGCAACUGACAAAGGCCAGUCCUCCUGGCCCAGCUGAAUGAAGAGAAUACUGACCCCUUUGCCUCUCCUGUUCUUUCCUCACUCUAUUCUUUCCCCUCUCUUGUGCUGUUUCUACUUAAGGAAAAAAAAAAUGCCUGUCAUUGACUUUUUAAAGUCUACCCCAAGUAAGUUCCCUACAUAAUUCUGAAUCCUGAAGCCGGUGAUCCAUGCGGAAUUGUAAAUAGUUUCAGGAAGCCCCUAUAGGGCUGGCUACCCUUAGUGUGUGCCUCAGUAUUUGAACUUGUGAUCACCAACUGAAAGUGUCUUCAUAGGAGAUGCAUGCUACUCUUUGGCUCUUUCUGUCCAGCUUUUCUAGAAAUGACUCAGUCUAUUAGGAUCUGUGAAUACUGUGUAAACUAGCCAUGUGAAGUAGCAGUGGAUGAGACAGAACGUUCUUUUCCACAGCCUGCUCUCCCCCUCCCAUCCCAUCAUAGGAGGUGCCGCAACACUUCAUCAACUGCUUUACUCCACUCUGUCCCACAGGUGUGAGUAGAGUUUUUCACUGGAAUACAGUCUGCGUGAUAUGGAGAGGAUGGAGAAGGCAUUGCUGCUGUACUCAUGGCAUGUCUCCAGGAAUUUUUUCUGGAAUCCAGCCUCUACGAUCAUAAGAGGGAACCUGACCUUGGCUCAGGUGGCUUGAGUCAGAUGAGGAAGAAAAUUCCCAUUUGCUUAGAAAAGUGCUGGGCAGAAUCCAGUUUGGAAAAUUACAAGUGCAGUUGGUCAGAAUUGGCCGUUUCCUAUGUGUGACCUAUUCGUAUGCCAACUGGACUGCUGCCUAAACAGGGCAAGAGAAGUGUGAACUAUUUUUAUAUGAACGCCUUAGCCUGUUUGGCCCUCUUGAGAACUCUUUAUACACUGCGACUUUCACCCUCCUUUUGUGUUCUGUUCAUAGCAUGAUAGAGUUGAAUGCUGCAACACCCAGUUUACAGUGAAAUGUUUUCAGUGACCAAUGUUAAGUGGGCUUACUGCUAGCCCAGCCUCAUUAACGGCCAGCAUCCACCAGUUUCCAUGGCAUGACCUUGGGACAGAUGUUGCUGCCUCUUUUUUUAAGGGGCUCCAAUAGGAAAGAAAUUUUUCCCCUUCUGACCUACAGUGCAAAUCAUUGCCACUUACAACUUUCCUAGGACUCUAGCCUUUCAGUUGCCACCUUUUCUGUCCUUAUGCAUUAGUACUAAGGAGAUAGCCUCAUGAAGUCCCUGGAUUUGUGCCAAGACAAAAUCAUCUCAUCUCACUGCAUAAGAGCUCCAGGCAGGCUAAGGUGCAGACCCUAAAUAGUCAGAGCCUUUAGAGGAAAGGACAAGAAUGCUCUGUAUUCUGCACUGGGCCUCAUCUUGGAUAUGCUGUGCCUGAAUGAAGUGCCACUAACUUCACCAUCACAGCACUUGUGAAUGCAAAGUGCUUCUUAAAAGGAAUUCCUUCUGCUAGCAUUGGGCUGGAAGCUGAACUGUCAACAAGAGUAUUCCUCUGCUCUUAGUGAUCUCUUGGCUUGGUGGCAUCCUGCUGCAUCACUAACAGUAGUUAUGGCAACUCUUAGCCAUACAGUCCCUACACCUGGGUCCCCCACCAGGUGUAGAUAUGUGGGGAAUCUGAUCUACUCUUGGACCACUAGCUGGUGUGAUUUGUCAGUGUCUUAAGCAGCUCAAAGAUUGGAUGUCACUUGGGUGCUGUGGGUUAGUGGAACAUAACUCAGCCCUUCUGUGGCUAAACCAUUAUCUAGUUAUUGCUAGAGGCCAACUGAAUUCAGCUGAUGUUAGAAGCAGGGAACAGACCCAGCCCAGUUCCUAGUUGGAUCAGCAUAAGACCCUAGAAGUUGACAUCUGCUGCUUUUCUUUGCCAAGUAUGAUUUAGUUAGGCCCAUCACUGGCAGAUAAAGUCCUUGCAACCUGUACUUUUCUGGCCAAGGAGCAGGACAAGACAGAACUGGCCAAAUGGGAACAAGUGCUUCUGGAGGUCUGGGCUAAGGAAUACAGGGGACCUCCCACUAUUGCCAGCUACCUAGUUCUUAAUAAAUCAAGAUCUGUUUCCCUUGUGCCAAACCCCUUGGCUCCAUCAGAAAUGACAUUGGGCCAUGUCUCUUCAUGACUCCACAUCUCGUCUCCAUUGUCAGGUCCCACUUUAAGCUACUAUGAACUACUGUAGAAAUUAUUUUCUGAGAGGCUUCCUGGGUAUUAGGAGAUGCACAGGGAGGUAUCCCAGAGCUCCAGGCAGAAGCACUUGAAGUAAUUUAAGUCACCCCCUUCCUAUUCACUUGCCUUGUGCCAUUCUGCAGGCUUGUCUCAAAGCCUCAUUUCCUCAUUCACCACCUGGGGACUGCAUUAACAAUGUCCUUGCCACCUCUUGGGAAGAUUAGCCAGUGUCCAGAGCCUGGUGAGCAGCAGGCCUAGGGACAGGGGGCUGCUCAUCCACAUAAUAUCUGAGUCAUGCAGGCUCAAGAGCUUCCUAAGCUGCAGGGGCUUUACCUGGGCUAGCACUCACCUGUCUCCCUUUCCUCUCCUGAUCUUCCUUGGUCACAUUCAUCUGUCAUUUCCCCCACUGCACCCCAACUUGGUUGUUCAAUGCUGUCUUCCUUUCUAGAUUUAACUUUUUAAAUAGGUAAUCCCACAAAACAGUUAAAAAUUUUCUUCCUUGCACUCCUGACUCCAUCAAACCCAGUUCCUCAGCACAUGAGCACCCACUGGUUUUUGUUCCUUGCAUAGCUUUCCAGAGAUUAUUCAUGCAUACACAUUCCACAUGUGCAAAUGUAUGGGUAAUUGGAGUUUUUUUGCUCAUGUUAUAACACACAGGCUUAUUAAAGGGACAUUCCUGUUCGUGUGGGAAGAGUCAUUUGAUUAGUCAGAAUCUCUUAAAAGGUGAGCCCAGAACUGGGGGAUAUUUUUGCACCACAUUCCUUUUGAAUAAGGUGUUUUUUAUUUGAUGUUUACAUACUGGAACUAUAUAGUUUCUUAUGUGAAUCAGCAACUGCAAUCCUUCCCUUAAGCCAAUGGUCCAGCUAAUUCAAGAGCACUAGUUUUCAGAUAGUCUUCCUGUUGUGUGAGAUCAGUGCAGGCUCAAGCAAGACCAGCUCCUCAGCCCCAAGCUAUAUGUGCAGUGUGCCCCAACCCCAUCUGGUUUGUUUAGUGUUGUCUGCCUGUAACUGCCAUUGUUUCUUAAGAGUGCCAGUGUCUCAGAGGAAGGAGUUUGAAUAGAAACUAAAGGCUUAUCUUGUAGUGCAGAUGUCUCUGCCUCUACCAGUCAGCUGGCUGCUAUGUCUGAAUGUCCAUAAGCAAGUUCCAGAUUGGCUUCCUUUUCUUUCAUCUUCAUCUGUGUACUCAGAGGCAAAUGUUUCCUAGAGAAUUUCCCCUCACCCAACCACUUUUCCAUUUGGUAUAAGAAAUUACCAUAAUCUUUUCAUUUUUGCCCUUUAAGGAGAUGAAAGUUGAAGCUGCUUCCUCCAGGCACCCCUGGGGAAGGGUAGACUUGUGCCUCACUCACCAACAGCCACCCAGUGCCUCUCAUCAGCCUUUAUGGUAUCUGUCUGCCUAAUUAAAGUGCAACUAGGCCCACUCUAACCUGAACUUUGAUUAGAAAUUUUGUGAUAAACUCCACCCUUCAGGCACUUGUGGAAUAUCUGGCUUUGGUUAGUCUUUCCCUGUUAGGAAUUCCUUAAGUAAUAGAGAUGGAGAUACCUAAACUCAAUGUAAAUUCUGAAAACUGCAUGUGAUAACUGGAAAACACCAGAUCAUAGUUCUUUAGUAAGAUGAACAAGAUCCUAUGUGCCAUGGAUUGUGCUUCCAAUUGAGGGGAAAUUCCCGAUCAGCUUUACAGCCCAAAAUGUUGCAAGAUGCAAAGCACUUAAUUCCACUUUUAAAUGAAGCACCUACACUUCUGGCUUUCCAAUCUAGUCCUCAUGCCUGUGGCCACAGGGUCAGGGAGACCACCCGUGCUGCUUUAUAGACAUGGUGUAACCUAGAAUGUGGGCCCCACCAAUGUCAAGAGACUUCUGUUUGUGCUUUGACAAAGUUUCCCAGCACCCUAGGCCAGUUCCAGCCCGGCAGGUCUGUUUGAGGCCUGCUGUGUACCAUUAGUCUCCGUCCACGUUCGUUCCUCCCUCCCUUGCACAGCUCGGUGGAUGGGGUAGGGUGCCCAGCAUUAAUAAGUCCCUCCUGGUGACAGCCUGGUCUUCCAAGAGAACGCUGCUGGUAACUUGUCUCUAGGUCUCUUGACAGAUCAUUGCCAGGAAGGGGGGCACUUUAGUCUUGCAGUUUAGCCCUUUGGGGCUUAUUCACUAGAUAUUGUAUAACUCCCUCAAAAAUAAGGUUUAUGAAAUGCUGAACCUCAGUUUUCAUAGACGUGUUUGUACACUAAGAAUUCUGCAGCAGAAUAUUUUUAAACAUCCGCAGUUUUUUKUAAGGUAUAUUU